AUGGAAGAGUUGCAGGAAGCCGAAGUGCUGUGGCCGGCGGACCACCACCGCGACAGCGAGCGCUGCCGCCACCACCACGCUGCGGGGCAGUCCGCCGCGCGCCCGGCGGCGCCGCUCCCUUCACCGUCCUCGUCGGCGCCCGUGCGCAUCCCCGCGGGUGCGCGCAGAGGCUACGACGACGACGACGACGACGACGGUACGAGGGCGGAUUACUCGGCGGGCGCGCUGGCGACGGCGGCGGCGGCGCGUUCCGCGAUCGUGCCUCCUCACGUUUACGUCGCGGCGGCGAGGCGGUGUUCGGAGGGGAGGACGGUUGCCUCGUCGGUGUGCGUGGGGCACGGGCGCACGCUCAAGGGCCGCGACCUCCGCGCCGUCCGCAACGCCGUGCUCCACAUGACCGGAUUCCUCGGAGGCACCGACGAGUACUAG